UUUGUCUACCCCACAAGCAGCCACGAAACAAAGAGAACCAUGGAACCUGUUUAAAGAAAAGCAUCGAUCCAUCAAUCCCUCCCCCACAUGCAAGCAGCAAAAAAAAAGAAAGAAAAACACAGAAUACAAAACACAAAAUCGAAAGAGUCCAGGUGGCAGCCAGCCUCUGAAAGCCGGCCCCUCGCCGUGCGACGGAACGAUUAGCGUGGCGGACCACGGGGGGAGGCGCCAGUCAUCGAGCCGCAGCAGCAGCGACCACAGAAUGACAGCCAUGGACGGCCUAAGAGGCAGCAACCGCAACUGGGGUAUGAGCGACAACGACGGCAUGAGAGCCUCGAACCGGGGCUGGAGUUCCACCGAUUCGGACGGGCUACGAGGUGGAUCGGAAUGGUUCAACAGUGGUACCAGCAGCAAUUGGAACAGCCGGGAUAACUGGAAAUCAGAACUAACAAGAUGGGAGAGUGAAGAUGAAUACUUAAGCUUUAAUACAGAGAAAAUGGAAAUGGGAAAUGUUCAUUCGGCCAAUCUAGCUCUCCCUGUCGGUAUGAUGAGUGGUGACUACGAUCGAAGCUCUUAUGGGAGCUCCAGGUCUUACCAGGAAUCCUAUUCUAAUAGGAAUGAGAGGUUUGGACCUUAUGAGUCGCAUGACUCCAGGUCUGCUCUGGAUGGCCGUGAUCUGUAUAGAUCUGGCUACGAUUUACAUGAACCAGGACGAAGUCGCUUUGGGGAUAGCUAUCCUGAUCGAUCCGAGAGCUCCUACAGGAAUUUCGGUGAUCAAUACCUUGACCCUUAUGAAGGUAGAAGCCAGAGCCGAUUAUAUGAUAAUGGCAGGUCUAACUGGGAUGACACCUACACACAUUCAAGUUCAAUGCCUAGGGUGUGGGCUGAUUCGGAUACGGGAAGAGGAAGUUACUCUUCCUACAACAGCUUUUCUUCACUCCUUUCGAAGCCUUCAUCUGUAGGCUCUCGGGGGAGGGGAAUGCUUGGUUAUUCUGGCAACGAAUAUGGAGGCGGAUCCUUUUCGAUGAUGGGAGGACAAGGAGGAGGCAGAGGUCGAGGCAGAGAACUGUCAGAUGUAGAUAUGUACUCAAGAUCUGGGCAUAAUCAGUCAUACAACAGAGGUGGGUUUGCGUCAAAUUUUGGACGAGGCAUGAAAAGGAAAGGGAUACAAAUCAACAAAGCUGCAAUAAAGAAACAGAAACUGGCAGCUGCUGAAAAAAUACUCAAAGCGGCUGCAGCCAAGGCAGCUAACCAGGCUAACAAUGGAGAAUCUAAGACUCCUGCAUCAGGUACAGAUCAGGAACUGAAGGACGAAGAUUUUACUAAAGAUGCAUAUGAACCAGAUGCAUAUGAAUGCUUUGACAAAAAUGAGGGUAAAAAGAAACCUGAUACUGAAGAUGAAGAGGAGAAAAAGAAACUUGAGGCAAGAAGAGAGAAGCAACGCCGCAGGCGUGAGAAGAACACUGAAAAGUAUGGAGAGGAUUACCGGAAUGCAUUUACAUGCUCCCUUUGUAAGUUUCGAACUACGGAGGAGCAAGAGAUUGAGGCUCACCUGGAAACUCCAUACCAUAAAGAAACUCUGGAUUUCAUUGCAAAGAACAUUCAGUUUGACAAAGGAGCUGCAGAUUUUCUUCAUGCAUCUAUGGUGAACAAGAAUAAGAAAAUUGCAGCUCGUAAACAACUGCAACAGCAGGAACAAAAGGAGCCGGCACAGAAGCUUUCCAAGGAUGUUUUGAUGGGUGUUUCUUCAGAUGAUCAAAUGAAAAAGGUUGAAACUGUUCAGUGUGCUGUCUGCAACACCUAUAUUCCUUGCCUCUUUCACUCUGUACAGCAGCAUUUGAAGUCUAAUGAACAUAUCAAUAGCAAGAAGAAUUAUCAUGACCAAGUUAGAAGGGAGAGUCUCCUCACAGCCAGUAGCAUGCUGAACAACCCAACUGUAAAGGCUAAAUUUGAGCUCUUCCUUAAGGGUGAGAAUCCUUUUGAAAAUCCGCAAGAGCAGCUGCAGCAACAACAGCAGGAACAGCAACAGGAGCAGCAGCAAGAGCUUGAACAGCAGCAGCAGAAGGAGGAGAAAGAGGAGGAGAAACAAGAGGAGGAAGAAUACCAGGCAGAUGAACCAAAUGACCAGGCACCAGUGAAAGAGGGAAAUGAAGCGGAGAUGGGGGAGCCUGCUGACCAGUAGCAACUUCAUUCUGGUUCUAUGAAAGUGCAGCAGUAAUGAGAAAGAUGCUUCCCCACUAUCCUCACAAGCGUUGUUUUGAUGGUUUGAUAUGCCUUGGCUAAUUUGUAAUCACAAUGCUUUCUCUGAAGUCUAUUAAUGUUUUGUUUUUGUUAACAGAUUAGUGAUUAGUUUUCCAUAAAGAACCAUGUAUUAUUGGAGGAAAUACUUAAAAUGUAAUUGAAAAGAUGUUCGAAUAGGUUUUCAAACAUGGAACAAUGUGUCUUUUAAAGAAUUUCUGCAUUUUGGUGCAUCAAGUGUUUAGAAACUUGUUAGAAACCUGGCUUAUUGUUGCAUAGUUUAGAAAGGCAAGGAGGCAAUGCAAUUUUUUUCUUAAAAUCUCUUAUUGUAAUCAUUUGGAAUACAUUUGUUGCUUAGCUACUGAUUCACAUUAAGAAGGUUUUGCUUGUUUUCCCACAUUGUAAAGUGAAAGCUUGGCUUAAUCAUCUUUUCACUGAUGUGAAGCCUGUUGUAUGCUAUUAAUGGGAAUAAAAAAUUUUAGAUACAUAAUCUUAAA